GUUGUUCAUUGGCCACAUAAAGGCCCAAGAAGUUGAGGAACCAGAUGCUGGAGUUCCAGUGGUGACCACCAGCUUGGGUAAAAUCCAAGGCAAAGCAUUGACCACACUACAUGGCAAGGAAAUCUAUGCAUAUCGUGGCAUACGCUAUGCCAAAGCGCCCGAAGGUUUUCUAAGAUUUAAAGCACCUGUGCCAGUGGAACCUUGGAAUGAUACCCUCAAUGCUUACUCGGAUAGUUUGGUGUGUCCCCAAACAGGAGCUUUACAAAUGGUGAUGAGCGAGGAUUGUUUGAAAUUAAAUGUCUUCACCAAGAAUAUAAGCGCUCGUUUGCCAGUAAUGGUCUACAUACAUGGAGGAGCCAAUGUUUUGGGCAGUGGCCAUAGUUUGUAUGAGGCUGGGCCCCAUUAUCUCCUGGAUCAUGAAGUGGUAAUGGUGGCCUUCAACUAUCGUUUGGGAGCCUUGGGUUUUCUAAGCACUCAGACCGAGGAAUAUCCAGGAAAUUAUGGUUAUUUGGAUCAAGUUUUGGCCUUGCAAUGGGUGCGUGAUCACAUAACCAAUUUUGGAGGUGAUCCUGAAUCGGUGACUAUUUUUGGCAUGAGUGCGGGAUCAAUGGCGAUUUCUUUGCACUUGGCCUCGCCAUUGUCCAAGGGCUUAUUUCAUAAAGCCAUACUAAUGAGUGGUUCGGCCUCCAAUCACUUUCACAUAGACAAUGUCUAUUGGACACGUAAAUUGGCCAAAGAGCUGUCGUGUCCCCAAUACAACCCCGCAGAUAUGGUGGAGUGCUUGCGUGAAAUAAGCUGGAAGACAAUUGUCAACAAAUGUUCCGAAUGGGAGCCCUAUUCGUUUAUAAAUAUGAAAUGGAAUUACGAAGUGGAUGGUAAAUUUUUGCCCAAACAUCCCAGCCAAAUUUUUAAGGGGGGCAUAUACAAUAAAGUGCCCAUGAUAGUGGGUUUUGCCAAAAACGAAUUGGAUUAUUCGGUGUAUCAUCAAGAGAACAACAGCCGUUUAUUACACGAUUUGUCCGUCAGCUUCGAUUUGUAUGCACCCGAAAUAUUUCUCUAUGAACCCGAGCCUGCCGGAGUAGCCUCACACAAAAGCCGUCGCUUGUGGAAUUUUUACAUGGGUCGCCAUAGCAAUGAAAUCAAUGCCACAAACAUAGAGAAUUUUGGUGAGAUUUUCUCUGAUGCCAUAUUGGGACAUGGCAUACAUCGUCUGGUGAAUCUGGUAUACAGGGACACUCCUGUGUACUACUAUCGCAUGGAUUAUGUUGGCCGUAGAAGUCUUUAUUUGGAUAAUAAUGGAACAGCAAGAGGUAUUGGUCAUGCUGAUGAUUUGCAAUAUGUUAUGCCUGGUCUUUGGUAUGGCCCCCAAUUCGCCGAAAAUGAUCCAGAUGUUUUUAUGGUCGAUCGUUUGACUCAGCUUUGGACUACAUUCGCCACAACGGGACAUCCUUCGGCCCAUGAACUCCCUAACUGGCCUGCUCUGAAUGAUACAAAGCUGUCGGUGUUGUACAACGACAAGGAACCUUCAUUUCAAGGCAUGCCUUAUGUCGAACGUUAUGAGCUUUGGGAUGAUAUGUUUCCAAUCGAAAGAAAUUCAUGUGCACAUAAUUAACAACAAUUUAGGGGAUUUUGGGCUUAUAGCUAAGCAUUUAUAAAUUUAGUAAAUGUGUUUGUUAAUGUGUUUUUAUGAUAAAACUUUAGCACAUAACUUUUUCUUCCCACUCUCUC